ACUGGGGAGGGCCUAUGCCUGGGCCAGCCCCUGAGGGCCAAAUUCUGGCUACAGGCUCUCCACUCAUCAGCCCAUCCUGCUCCUCCCCCAGAGUCCAAGGGUCCAGGUGGCAGGCAGACUGAGCUGUGCUGGACACUGCAGAGGGAGCCCGCACUGGGGACGAUUGGUGGGUGGGCAGCAUGGGCUUUGAGGAGCUGCUGCAUCAGGUCGGUGGCUUUGGGCCCUUCCAAUUGCGGAAUGUGGCCCUGCUGGCUCUGCCCCGGGUGCUGAUGCCCCUACACUUCCUCUUGCCCGUCUUCCUGGCUGCUGUGCCUGCCCAUCGCUGUGCCCUGCCUGGAGCCCCUGACAACUUCAGCCACCAGGAUGAAUGGCUAGAGGCCUACCUGCCCCGGGAGUCCAAUGGCACACUCAGCUCCUGCCUCCGCUUCACCCACCCCCACCCACUCUUCAACACCACAUUGGUGGGAGGACGACAUAGCCCUGAGGAGCUUGAGGGGGUGUCCCCCACAGUGGCCUGUCCCCAGGGCUGGGAGUAUGACCGCUCACAGUUCUCCUCCACCAUUGUAACCGAGUGGGACCUGGUGUGUGAGCAGAAAGGCCUGAACCAAGUCACGUCCACGUUUUUCUUUGCUGGUGUGCUAGUGGGGGCCGUGGCCUUCGGAUACCUGUCCGACAGGUUUGGACGCCGCCGCCUGCUACUGGUGGCCUAUGUGAGUACCCUGGUGCUGGGCCUGGCAUCUGCAGCCUCCAUCAGCUAUACCAUGUUUGCCAUCACCCGCACCCUCACUGGCACAGCUCUGGCUGGCUUUACCAUCAUUGUGAUGCCACUGGGUGAGACAGGCAAAGGAUGGACAGGGCCUAUAGGGCUGGAGGGAGGUGUUGUCAAGGGUGAGACUGAGCCCAUCUGGCCCCCACUAACUGUCUUUCUGUCUGGCCCCUUCCCUGGGCCUGAGCUGGAGUGGCUGGACGUGGGGCACCGCACUGUGGCAGGCGUCCUGAGCAGCACCUUCUGGACAGGGGGCGUGAUGCUGCUGGCACUAAUUGGGUACCUGAUCAGAGACUGGCGAUGGCUUCUGCUGGCUGUCACCCUUCCUUGCGCCCCAGGCAUUGUUAGCCUCUGGUGGGUGCCUGAGUCUGCCCGCUGGCUUCUGACCCAGGGUCGUGUGGAGGAGGCUCACAGGUACCUGCUCCGCUGUGCCAGGCUUAAUGGGCGGCCCAUGGGUGAGGACGGCCUGAGCCUGGAGGCCCUGAGCAAGGUAGCAGCCAAGGAGCGGGUGGUCCAGAAACCCUCCUACUUAGACCUGUUCCGCACGCCUCGGCUCCGACACAUUUCACUGUGCUGCAUGGUGGUGUGGUUUGGAGUGAACUUCUCCUAUUACGGCCUGAGCCUUGACGUGUCGGGGCUCGGACUCAACGUGUACCAGACACAACUGCUGUUUGGGGCCGUGGAGCUGCCCGCCAAACUGCUAGUCUACCUGUCGGUACGCCAUGCCGGACGCCGUCUCACGCAGGCGGGAACGCUGCUGGGAUCGGCCCUUGCUUUGGGCAUCCGGAUACUGGUGCCCUCUGAGAAGGGGCCGUGGGGCACUAUCCUGGCGGUGAUGGGAAAGGGUUUUUCUGAAGCUGCCUUCACCACUGCCUACCUGUUCACGUCAGAGUUGUACCCUACCGUGCUCAGACAGACAGGGAUGGGGUUGACUGCACUGGUAGGCCGGCUGGGGGGCUCCUUGGCCCCACUGGCAGCUUUGCUGGAUGGAGUGUGGCUAUCAUUGCCCAAGCUCACUUAUGGGGGGAUCACCCUGCUGGCUGCCUGCACUGCCCUCCUGCUGCCAGAGACAAGGCAGGCGCACUUGCCGGAGACUAUCCAGGAUGUGGAGACGAAGAGGUGGGUGCACAGGGCUCUGUCUGCAUAUGUGUAAGCACACGCAUGUGGGUAUGUGUGACACCUUAGAAUUCAGAGAGGAAAACGUGUUUGUACAUACGUACUUGGUGCAUGUAUCUAACUGUGCACAGUGCAGUAUGUUUUAUGGUGCAUGGCCUGGGGUAGGAGCCCUGGUGGCAGUGGUUAGGAGUUUAGCUUCUAACCAAAAGGUCUGCCAGUGCUCCUUGGAAAUCCUACGUGGCAGUUCUACUCUGUCCUAUAGGCUCACUAUGAGUCAGAAUCAACUUGACGAGUUGUUUUUUGGACCUUCGGUAUAUAAAUUGAGUGUGUAAAAAGUGUAUAUGACUCCAUAUAUAUGUGUGUGUAUGCACAAAUACUCAAGAUUGUCAGGAAGAGGUGCAUGUAUAUACAGUCAGGUAUGCCUACUCAUCGGGUGUGUAUACAAAUGUGUGUGAGUCACUUCUGGGAGUAGUUUGUAUUACCACAGGCUGGGGAGAGUCCUGGGUCACUCCUGACGGGGCAUGUUGGGUGGUAGGCUCAGGGUCUAAGCCUGCUCUGCUCAUGACUUUUCUCCAAAUGCCUGUCCAGCCUUCAGGUGGAAGAAACACACACGAAUCAGGUCCAGGACUGAGUGGGAUUGGGGGCUGCCCCUCCAUGGAAGCUCUGCAGCAGGGUCUGGGAGAGCAGAAGGGCAGGCCCUGUUGCCAGGGCUGGGGGCAUCAAGCUCUCUGCCCAAGGCUGCAGUUGCCACUGGUGCCCCCUCCCUGUGCUCAUCCAGCCUUGACUAUUCUGCCUCCAGCAACAGGGUGACUUCCCAGAAUGCAGUGAGCCACUGGAAAAUUCUAGUCCCCCUCUUAUGGCUGGGAGGAUUCUGUGAAUAAAGGUGUUCUUGGGUUGGGAUAGCAAUGAGGAGCUGUGGGGAAAGCCCUAGAUGGGAAGCCACUGAGUUUGCCCUGGGCUCUGAUUCCAGCUUUGCAAUUGAUUUGCUGUGUGACCUUGGGCAUGUGGCUUCCCCUCACCAGGCCUUAAUCUGUUCAUCUCUCAAAUGAGAUAAUGAAGCCUCUUAGCAGACUUCACAACAGGAUCUGUUGUCAUACUCAAAUGAAAUGCUGAAGAAGGUGCUUCUUCUAGAGAUGGUGCUAAAGAAGACUGUCCCAUGAUGACUUCUGGUACUAAAAGGACUAGAGGACAUGCUCUCCACUGUGUGGCAGAGGGCUGCCUAAUGCCAGGGCCAGGGGACCAGGAGAACAGAGUUCUUUAUUCCCAUGACUGGUCUUGCUACCUCCCAGGCACUCUGCAGGGCAAUGCUCCCCAUCCCACCCCCCCACUCCCCACCACACACACACACUCCCCAUCCUCCAAUCCACUGUCUAGGCCUCAUGCUCAAAGAAGAGUUGAAGUCAUGGGAGGUAACAUUUUAUCGGAGAAGCCAGGGAGGCUGAGGCUCAAUAAACAAGUUUUAUGAGUACCUCAAACCUCCAGAGUUUGCUGGCAAAAGGGAUGGGGAAGGCAAGGAGGCCACUCUUCAAAGGGAUUGCCUAU